AUGUCUCUCAAAGGCAAGACAGCCCUCAUCACCGGAGGAGCCAAGAACCUUGGUGCCGAAAUUGCCAAGGAGCUCGCCGGACUAGGAGCCAACUUGGCUCUGCAUUACAACUCCCCCAAGUCAAAGGAGGAUGCUGUCAAGUUCGAAAAGUUGCUAAAGGAAAAGUACCCGGGAAUCAAGUUCCAGUUCUACCAGGCCGAUUUGACCACCGAGGCCGCCGUGAACAAGCUCUUCGAUUCUGUCAAAAAGGACUUUGGCAAGAUAGAUAUUGUUGUCAACACGGUGGGCAAGGUGCUCAAGAAGCCUAUUGGAGAGAUUUCAGAGGCUGAAUACGAUGAGAUGUUUGCGGUCAACUCCAAGUCAGCAUUCUUUAUUCUCAAGGCUGGUGCCAAGAACGUCGAGGAUGGCGGCAAGCUCAUCACCAUUGUUACCGCCCUACUCGCCGCAUUUACAGGCUUCUAUACUUCUUAUGCCGGCUCCAAGGCUCCCGUUGAGCACUUCACUCGAGGUGUCGCAAAGGAACUGCAGCCACGUGGAAUUAGCGUAAAUGCAGUUGCUCCUGGACCUAUGGACACUCCUUUCUUCUACCCCCAAGAGUCCCCCGAAGCUGUUGCUUUCCACAAGAGCCAGGCAAUAGGCAACCGUCUCACCAAGAUUGAGGACAUUGCGCCAAUUAUUCGGUUCCUCGUCACCGAGGGCGGGUGGAUUACUGGGCAGACGCUGUUUGCCAAUGGCGGAUACACGACCAGGUAG